AUGCCCGGGAGGCUGGCUCGCCGGUACAAGGAGCUCGGUGGGCCUGAGGCCUUCUUCGUUGGCAAGCCCUAUCCGGCGGUGUUUGACUUGGCGCUGCAGAGACUGCAGGAGGCAGGUGUUCCUGCAGACGCUCGACUUUGCAUGGUGGGUGAUUCUGCUUGGCACGAUGUGCGUGGGGCUCGCAGCUACGGUUUGGACGUUGUGCUGCUGUGCAGCGGAGUCCAUAGCCAGGCCUUGGGAAUCGAUCAAGCUCCUGCCGAGCCCCGACGUCCCUCUUCGGAGCGCUUGCAGGGCUUUCUGGGUGCGCUGACAGCCGAGGAAUGUCCAACGUACAUCACCCCGGCGCUCACCUGGAAGAAGGCGGCGGCUGCCAGUGAAGUCGUGCUCUGUGGAUUAGCCUGCAUGGACCUCGCUCAGCAGCUGGAGACUUUCCCAGACGCGGACGCGAAGGUGCGUGCCGUGCAGACGGCCUGGUGCGGCGGGGGCAACGCGGCGAACACCGCUGCGGCACUAGCACGCCUGGGAAGUCGCACGCGACUCCUGACGAAGGUGGGUGACGAUGCGCUGGGAAGCUCAAUUUUGGAAGGCCUUGCUGAUCAGGGCGUCGACACCAGUGGCGCACUGAGAGCCGAGGGCCGGUCGUCCACCUUUAGCACUGUGCUGGUGGAUAGAUCCAGCGGCACGAGGACCUGUGUGAACUCGCCGAUGGAGCAAGACAUGUCGAAAGGGGAAAUGGUGCAGCUUCUUGCCGACGAGUUUUGGAGCGCACCUACCCAAGCCAGCGUCGCCUCACCCAAAACCGCCCAGGUGGAGAAGAUGCCGCAAGCGCCUCCGGCCAUGCCACUCGGAAAGUGCUGCAGCGUCAGCGCCGACGACGGUUCGGUGAGAAGUGUCUUGCGCGCGGAGAUGGCGGAACAACAGAAGUUCAUCCAGGACGCCUUUGCUGCGCAGGAUCGGCGGAUGCAAAAGCAGCUCACGGCCCUGACGGACCUGGUGCACCAGUACAUUGUUGAGGUCCGCCAGGGAGGAGACCCGAGCAAGACAUUCACCCCGAGCUCCGCUGGGGGAUUUCAGGGUGGAGGUGGCUGUGCCAUCCCAUUUCAGGCCAUGUCCUCCAAGGACUUCGCUAUGCAUGGGAAAAUGUCAAUGAUGCCGAAGCUGGAUUUCAAUGACAGCCAUCACCUUGCGCGGAUGGAGAAGGCAAGCAACACGAAUCCCUUUCGCACGUUUCGCCACAAGAAGAAGUCCCUGAAGGCAUCGGACGCUGACAAGAUGACCGUGAUGCAGAGGAUCGUUCACUCUCGGUGCUUCCAGGCAUUCACCGUCGCAGCCAUCUUCGGUAACAUUAUCGCGAUGGGCAUUGAGGUGGACUUCGACGUCCAAGGAGCCCUCAUGAUCCCAGUUCAAGAUAUCCCAGACUCGUUCACCGUCCUCAACUAUUUUUUCCUAGCUGUCUUCACCUUCGAGCUCAUCGUCAAGCUCCUGGCUUUCCGGGGCGAUUUCCUGCGGGGCGAAGACCAGGUCUGGAACUUGUUCGACACUUUCUUGGUGAUGAGCCAGGCAGCGGAGAUUCUACUCGAAAGCAGCAGCGUGGGCGGUGUGCGCGCGAUUCGAAUCUUGCGCUUAGUCCGGACGUUGCGGGUGAUCAGACUCUUCCACUUCUUCCGGGAGCUCCGGAUGAUGGUUGUUUGCAUCUUCAAUUCCUUGAUGUCCCUGAUAUGGGCUUGCACGUUGCUGAUGACCGUGACGUACGUGUUUGCGAUCUUGUGCACACAGGGCGCCUCCACGUACUUCCGGGAUCCAAAUCCACCCGACCCGACGAUCCCUGUGGUCACUGCAGGAGGAGAGGAGCUAGCAGGGGCCUACCAGACCAAUUUGCUGUCCGCGGCCGGCUUGCGGCAGCAGCUAACGGUUCAUUUUGACUCACUGCUUCGAUCCAUGCUGUCGCUGAUGAUGGCUGUUACAGGCGGACUGGAUUGGUACCAGAUCGCCAAGCCUCUCAUGAACAUGAAUUACCUGUACUUCACGGCUUUCCUGUUUUAUGUUUUGCUGAUCGUUCUGUGCAUCAUGAACGUCCUGUCUGCUCUUUUCGUUGAGAUGGCCUUGCAGAUCAAAGACAGGGACCUCUUGAUUCAGGCAGAGCUGGCAAAGAUCGAUGCAUUUUUGAAGGACAUGCGCGACCUCUUCGACGAGGUCGACGUAGAUGGAAACGGCGUUGUGACUCGCGCAGAGUUGUCGUUGUACAUGAAGAAUGAGCGGGUGAUGGCCUACUUCGGUGGGCAGGGGCUCGACAUGUCCGAUGUAGGACUCAUGUUCGACCUGUUAGACUCGUCUCACGAUGGGACGAUUGGUCUAUCUGAGUUCCUCCUUGGCACAUUGCGGCUGAAGGGUGGGGCAAGGUGCAUCGAAGUGAUGCGAUUGUUUCAAGCUUUGGACCACAUCAGGAAGGAGCUAGGAACCAUCCAAGCAAAGAUGGCCAUCGAGCCGGAGGCAUUCCAGCCUUCGAAGGUUGACCACGAGGAAGACACCGUGGCCAAGCUCACCAGGUUUUGA